GUACAUAACGUAAAACAAACAAAAGGAAGAGGUUCAAGUAUUAAGAUUGUUUGGAGAGGAAAAACUAAUAAUAAAAAGAAUGGCGCUUUGUAGGGUUUCUUGGGAUUUUCUUUGGUAUGUUUUCUUCUUUUCUAGUAUGGUUUUUAAGGGCAUCAGCGGUAGUCAAGGUAACGGCUGGCUCGGUGCUCAUGCAACUUUCUAUGGAGGCAAUCAGAACCCCUCCACUCUUGGAGGAGCGUGUGGUUAUGACAACACAUUCGAUGCGGGUUUCGGAGUUGAGACUGCGGCAGUGAGCGGGGCGCUCUUUAGAGGCGGCGAGGCGUGCGGUGCCUGCUAUCAGGUGAUGUGCGACUACAAAAUGGAUCCAAAGUGGUGCCUCCGACGCCGUUUCGUGACAGUAACCACUACAAACUUUUGUCCCCAGAACAACAAUGGAGGGUGGUGCAAUCCUCCACGUCAUCACUUCGACAUGUCCAUGCCUGCCUUUUUUCGCAUUGCUAGACAAGGCAACGAAGGCAUUGUACCCGUUAUUUAUAGAAGGGUGUCAUGUAGAAGAAGAGGUGGAGUCCGUUUCACAAUGAGAGGUCAAGGAAAUUUCAACAUGGUGAUGAUGUCGAACGUGGGAGGGAGUGGAGACGUGAAAGCUGCAUGGAUAAAGGGGUCGAGAAUGAGGACAUGGAUGGCCAUGCAUAGGAACUGGGGUGCAAAUUGGCAAAGUAGCAUUGAUGUUCGAGGUCGAACCCUCUCUUUCAAGCUCACUUUGGUCGAUGGUAAAACCCUUGAAUUUCUCAACGUUGUUCCUUCCAGUUGGAGGUUUGGACAAACAUUUUCCUCAAGAAGCCAAUUCUUUUAGGCCCCCGCCAUACAUAAUUGCUUUAUUAAUGAUCCAAAAAGGACAUUAAUAAUUAGUUCUCUCUCUAUAUAUAUUUUUUAUUAUAUAUAUAUAGGAGAACACAUGAUGACAUGAGUUAUUGAUAUGUCGUUUGUGUAUUACCCAAUUCAUGUUUAACAACGCGCGUUAAUUAUACUUUCUUUUAGAUUCCACGUAUGUAUGUCUGGUCAAAAUCUACUGAUAAU